AUGAGUGCUACUUCAAAUGAAAGAAAUGCUGAAGAUAUGUAUGAUCCUCAAGUUUAUCAAAUUAGUAAUAAUGUAAAUACUAGUGAAGAAUAUCAAUCUACUGCGCAUAAUCCUUAUUAUUCUGCUGAAAUUCAACAUAGAGCUGAAUUACAAAGAAGACAACAACAAAUUCAACAACAACAACAACAAUUACAUCAUUAUCAAGCCCAAGCCCAAGCCCAAGCUCAAGCUCAAGCGCAAGCUCAAAGCGUUGUUCAACAAAAUUUAAAUUUUCAACCACCUCAACAAUUAUCACAACAAAUUCCUCAAAAUAUUAAUCAACAAUUACAACCAUUACAAACUUCUCCAAAACAAGAAUCACAAUCUGAUGAAGAAUAUGAAACCGGUGAAGAUUUAAGAUCAAGAUUUAUUGAAAAUGAAAUUAUUAAAACUUUUAAUAAUAAAUCUGAUUUAGUUAAUUUUGUUAAAAAUGAAUUAGGUCCUGAAGAAAAUUGUAAAAUUGUAAUAAAUUCAUCAAAACCAAAAGCUGUUUAUUUUCAAUGUGAAAGAUCUGGUAGUUUUAGAACAACAGUUAAAGAUCCUCAAAAAAGACAAAGAAUUGCAUAUACGAAGAGAAAUAAAUGUGCUUUUAGAUUAGUUGCGAAUUUAUAUCCAAAUGAUAAAGAUCAAAAAAAAGUUAAAUACGAACAACAACAACAACAACAACAACCAGUAGAAUCAGAUGGUAAUGAAAUAUGGAUUUUAAGAAUGAUUAAUCCUCAACAUAAUCAUCCACCUGAUCCAACUAAUAAAAAGAAGAAACAAAAAUCUGCAAGAACUUUAGUUCAAAAACCAAUCAAUAAACAAAGAAAGAAUGAAAUUACAGAUAUGGCAAGUUAUGAACAACAUCAGCAAGUUACUACAGCUGCUCAACAAGCUGCUGCUGUUCAAGCUCAACAAGCUGCUCUAUCACAUACUCAAAAUUAUAAUGAAUUAUUAGGUUUACAUACUUUACCUCAACAACAACAACAAGUAUUACAACAACAUCAUCAGAAUAGUCUACAACAUCGUCAUCACCAACAAAAUAAUCCUUUAGAUCAACCAGAUGUUAUUGCUGCUAUUGAAGCAAGUACUCAUCAUCAUAAUCAACAACAUCAACCACAAACUCCUCAAGAUGUUCAUUCUGUUGCUGCUGCUGCUGCUGCUUUACAUUCUCAAGCAAAUAUUGAUUCAAGUUUAGAUGCAUCAAAUAUUGAUCCUAAUGUUGAUGGUGGUAAUUCUCAUGGAUUUUAA